AUGGAGUCUAUGCUAGAAGACUAUGACAUAAGCCCAGUCACUGGGUUUCUUCCUUCAACACCACCUCUACAACGGUUACCCAGCUAUUAUGAGCCUUGGGAGGUACUACUCGAUAAUUUUCACGAUUUAAUGUUAGCAGGGCGUUUGAGAUCCUCGAUAAACAAGUUAUCGGUCUUGGAUACUAGUCCUCUCCAAACUCUAGCAGAAUAUCAUCGCGCAUUUUUGGUUCUAUCUUCCUUAGCACAUGGAUAUGUAUGGGGCAAAUUUGACGAAGUUUCAGAUGUUGGUAGAUUACCGGCUUGUAUUGCAAAGCCAUGGGUCAAGGUAUCCGAUUACCUAGGCAUUUCCCCAAUUGUAAACCACGCUGCUGUCGUGUUAUGGAAUUGGCGGCUGAUCUUUCCAGAUGAACCGUUUAGUCUAAACAAUCUUGCUACAUUAUUUACCUUUUCAAAUACCCCCGAUGAAUCAUGGUUUUAUCUUGUUACUACUGCCAUAGAAGGAUUUGGUGGAAGGGCCAUUACUGCAAUAAUGUCUGCCAUUCGUGCUAUUAAGACUGGAAAUAACCAAAAAUUGAUAAUUGCAUUGAGAGACAUAAACUCUACCAUUAUUGACAUCAAUGCAACUCUGCAAAGGAUGCAUGAAAAAUGUGACCCAUAUGUCUUUUAUCAUAUGAUACGACCUUACUUAAGUGGUUGGGAAAAUGAAGAUCGCUUACCGAAAGGGCUAAUAUAUGAAGGGGUAGAUGGUAACGAUGAAAAUGGUGAUCCUAUUUAUCGUAAAUAUGUAGGUGCCAGUGCUGGUCAGAGCGCAUUGAUUCAGGCAUUGGAUAUUGCUUUAAAUAUUGAACACUAUCCAACAGGGGCGAAUUAUGAUUCUAAUAUCACCAUCUCUUCACCUGAUGAAGACAUGGGAAUGCUUCAGGGAACCACCGAAAUGGUUCGAACGUAUAAUGAAUGUUUAAAUCAAAUGAAAAUUUUCCGAAGCAAACACUUACAAAUUGUUAGUGCAUAUAUUAUAAUACAAGCACAUCGAAGUAAAGGCGAGUUCAAGUAUCAUACACCAAUAAAUAAAGGAAUAGAUAUAGCAAAGAAUGAAGUAUUUCGAAUAGCUACUAACAAUGUUAAUACAAAUAACAAAGAAGCCAAUACGAAAGUAAAAAUCACUACCACCAAAUCCAUUGAAAUUAAAGGUACUGGUGGGACUAAUUUAAUUCCUUUUUUAAAACAAAUGAGAGAUGAAACAAUGAUUCAAGAGAUUCAGAACUUUUAUGAAUGA